AUGAAUUCAAAUAGAGUGGAAAGAAUUAUGGUAGAUAUUGAAGAUGCUAACCCAUGGCCAGCAUUAUUAGAUUCAGAAUUUGGAGAAUUAAAAAAAAAUGAAUCAUUACCAAUUGAAUUACCAAUUGAAGAAACAUGGUACUUGCAAUCGUCAGUUCGGAAAAUGCUACAACCUUUAUCGCUGGCAGAAUUCAACAAUCGCCUUUUUCAUUCAUCAAAGAAAAUAGAUGAGUUUCUUAAAAAGCUUAUGGAAGAUUAUCAAGGUAAUAUUAGUAAUAAUCCACCACCAAUUAACUUAGAUUCAAAAUUCAAUCAUAAAAUAGUUCCUAAAGAUCCAAAUAGAGUUACGGCGUUAAAAGCAUUUAGAACUCCAAUUAAUUUAAAAGAAGAAUUUGAUAAACAAAUUGAUACAUUAUUAGAAGCAGGAUAUAUAAAACCAUCUGUUUCAGACUUUUCAUCACCUAGUUCUUUGUCAAUAAACAAGAUAAAUCUAAAGGAUUAG